UUAAAUUUUAUUAUUAUAAUUGUGAGAAUGUUUAUUUUUGCUAAUACAAGUAAGGUUACUGCCUAUAUCAUUUCUAAAGAAACAGUUUUCAAAACACAACAUAUCUAUAUAUAAUAAAAUUGUUUCAUUCGAAUCGAAUUACGGAGUUAUAAAUUUAAAAUGAUCUUAAAUUGUGUAAAAAUAUCGGUUUAUAGCUAUUAAAAGCUUUAGUUCACGAACACUAAUCGAAUGUUCAUAUAAACAUAACACAAACACCAAGUUAUGUUACUCUCAUAAAAAAUUUUAAAUAAACAACAACAUUUAUUUCAAGGAGAGAUACUCCUUUGAGUGAUUUUCAAUGUAUAUAAGUUUAUACCAGUGUUAAGAAUGAAAAGCUGUUUAGUGUUCGUGUGCCAGGGCUUUAUUUGGUUCUUGUUCAUUUAUUUUAUCAUAUUAAUAAAUAAAUUUUACAUGAACAUAAUUAAAAAAUUUUCUCUUUUUGUUUGACCUUAGUUUAAAGGAAGCCUUGAUAUAACAACAUUCAUAUUCUUUCAUAUUUUUUUUAUUAAUAUAAUAAAGUUUAUUUUUUGUGAACACAGAACAAGUGGCGCUGCAGGAGGCCAAUAACAUAAAACCAACAUGAAACCUUAAAUUAUGUACAUGUAGUUGAUGUCUGUUGGUCUGUUAGUCAAUGUCUUCCUGUCAUUCGAGAAAUAAAUUGUAAAAUUAAUGAAAUAUUUUUUAAAUUUUUAUAAUCGUGUACAAGUGCUCCAAUUCAUAUCAUCUAAAUAAUAAUUAUAAUAAUACCUUAAUAGCAAAAUAAUAUUUACUUUCAAAUUUAAAUAAACGUGUGAAAAUACAUUAACAUUAACAAAUCUACAUAUGUAUGCACAUUUUGUACAAGUGUAUAAAUAUAAAGUAAAAAAAAAUCUGAUUAAAUAUUUCUACUAAAUGUAGUUUAUUUAACAUCUUAACGUUAAUUAUAGGUGAUACACCAUAAAUAAGUUUAAGAAAAAAUACCUAAAUAAUAAAAAUAAAACAAUAAUAUACAAUUUAAAAUAAACCACAAUGGAUUUGGAUAUAAUACAAUCGACUAAAGAAGGUGAAAUCACGCAAUUUUUAUGCGAUGUUCGAGAUUAUUUCAGAGCUUCAUUAGCAACCUCAGAGUAUGAAAAUACAUCAAAUAUGUUCUAUUUGACUGCAUCAGACUCAACCGAACAACUUUUAAAUCGUUGUGAAUGUCUAUUGAAUCGGUUAAAUAAUCAAAAUCAAAAAACAUCAAUAAAUACAAUCACUAAUGGGAAGAGUUCAUUUUUGCCCUUACAUCAACAAUGGCAAACGAAUCGUGAGAAAAUUAAUGUAGAUGUUAAACAAAAUAAGAACGAAACAGAAGAAGUCUCAUAUCUUGAUAUGUCAGCAUCACAUUAUAACAGAAGCACUAAAUCUCCAGUGGGAAAAAUCGUAGACUUUAACAGUUCUGGAGAUAGUGAUAAAACAUUUCGAUGUUCUACACUUGUCGUAAGGCAAAACAAAAGCUUUUUACAUCGUAUACACGAUACCAUGACAACAACCACAGACGAUGAAACUGAUGCCGAAGACGAGGAUAAUGAGGAUCAUGAUGGCAACAAAAUUAAUCAGUUUGAAGAUGAUCCACAGAUCUAUGAUAUAUGUCAGGUAACAACCCAGGGUUCAGAUGGCGAAGAAGAUGAUAUAGGGCUGGAAGAGACGCAGAAAGCUAUUACACCAGAUUCCCACUUUUCACUGCCAAAUAUUGAUUGUCCUUAUAUGGAUUUGCCAGCAGGUCAUCUGUCUAUCAAGAAAUCAACGAAAUACGGCCAAUUGCUGCGAAUUGAAAAAAGACUGUUUUUCGAUCAAAGUAAGAAGUAUUAUUGCGGCAUAUUAAACGAUUGGUUGCUUUGUUAUGCCGAUGGACCAACGUCUAAUAGACCGACAAUCAGUUUGUAUUUAAAAAUACCAUCUAUUGAAAUAGAACAUUUUGGAGAAGGCAAACGUCGAGAUGUUUGUUUUCAAAUUACAACUUGUGAUCCAAACAAAAGAUUUGUUUUUCAAGCUACAAAUGAAAUAGAUGCCAAAGAAUGGAUACAUGCCGUAGAAGCGUCUAUAAGGAGUGAAGUAAGUGGAGCAGAAGUAAGAAACUCAAAUGCACGUAAACUUCCCACGCCACCGGUAAUGAAAAAGCUAACAUUCUUAAACACUUUUCAAAGAGGUAAUGAAACUCUGUCAAGUACUUCUUCUAAUGAUUGCAUAUAUGAGGAACCAGCGCCCGCUCAUCAAUAUGUAACAAGUCCUAGUUCAGAUAACGACCAAAGACCAGAAUUGCCUCAUAAGCAAAGCAAUCCUAUAGAUUUGGCUAAUAAAUUCGAAUAUGAUGUCCCCAAGUGUCCACCGCAACCAUUAAAUUAUAAUUCCAAUAAUGACAUCCUGUUGAUAAAUCCCUAUGAAAAUAAUGCAAGUAGUGCGCAAGAUAAAAGUCAUACUUUAACAUUGCCUGAAUCCAAUUUUUUGCCUACAUCAGCACCACCAUCUCUCGCUCAAAAGAAGUGUUCCAAAAUUGAAGAAAAUUUAGAUUUUCAAGCUAAAGUUAAGGAUGUCCACAGCAAAUUAACUAGUCAAUUGUCCAGUGGACCGAAUAUUAAGAAAUCAUUUAAAAAAUCUGUACUAUCGUCAUCUCAAGGUGAUGCUGAAUCUCUUGUUACGUCCAAUACUAUACCAUCAUCCCCCACAUCGCCUUUGCCAGCAGCUUCAGAUUUAAAAAAGCAAAAGAAAACCUCAACUCCUCCAAAUAGCCCACAAAAAACACCCAAUGAAAAGUCAUCGUUUGCCAAAAAUUGGUUCCUAAAUAGGCUAAAUAAAACCACGUCUUCUACAAGGUCUAAUCCAUCAUCUCCCUCAAAUUCUCCAUCUAAAUGUAAACAGAGUGAAAAGGAAAAUCUUCUCAACUCUACGUCCGACGUAUGCGAUGGCUACGAUAUGAGCAGCAAUCCCGUGUCCCCAAUACUGCAGUCUUCCUCUCCAACAAGUGGUAAAAGUAAAGUUAAUAUGAUUAUCAAUCAGCUAGAGGCCAGUGGCCAUUUGGCAUCAAUGUUUAGUGUAGAUGCUGUUGCUUCAUUUAGUUCCUUUUGUGACAAUGAUUGCAAUAACUAUGAACCUAUUAUGAACAUUUCAUCGCCUCCCUCUAACUUCCUGAAAAAAGUUUAGUUCUCAGCCAAACGUAAGAAUCAUCUAGUUGUAAGUAAAGAAGUUUUAUGUACAAAAUAAAAAUUUUAAAAAAUUGUCUUCAAAAUAAAAUUACAUCUCAGUAUAAUA